AUGGAGGCCAUGGACGUCAACUACACUCCGGCUACGUUCCCCAACGGCUCCGUCCAGAGGGUGAGGCAUGCGUCGGUCGGAGUGGCGGUGGUGUCCAGGUACCAGGAGUGCACCAGAAACCACGCGGCAUUAAUUGGCGGGCACGCCGUCGACGGCUGCAGGAGGUUCUUGCCGUCGCUGCAGUUCAACCCCGCCGACCUGGCCUCGUUCAAGUGCGUCGCCUGCGGCUGCCACCGCAACUUCCACCGCCAAGAGAUGGUGGAGGAGGAGUGGCCGGCGCAGCCCCAGGUGGCGCUACUGCCGGCGCCACCCAUGGCGGCCAGCGCGCUGCAAGGCCCGCCGCAGCGCGGGGAGGAGACGCCCGGGGACCGGCUGCCCGCGGUCGACGGUGGCGACCCUAAGUCCGACUCCGACGGCUUGGAUUACGACGACGAGGGGUUCGUCUCCCCGCCGCAGCUUCUGCAGGCUCCACCAGCGCACCUCACGGCGCCGGUGGCGCAGCAGCCUCCGGCGUACUUCUCCCCGUCGCCGCAGCCGCCCAUGUUGCUCUGUCUGAACUCCAGCGCGCCGCCCCCCGGGGCGGCGCAGGGCCAGAGGCUCCCCGUCCAGGUCUCGCCCGUGACGGCACCGCCGGCCUACGUGGGGGCCGCACCGGCGAAGAAGCGGUUGCGCACCAAGCUCAGCGUGGAGGAGAAGAAGCGGAUGCAGGAGCUGUCGGAGCUGCUCGAGUGGCGCCUGCAGAAGCACGGCCAGGACAUCGUCGACGAAUGGUGCCGCGACAACGGGAUGAGCAAGGGCGUCUUCAAGGUGUGGAUGCACAAGCACAACAACAAGCACAACGCCCGCCGCAGCGCCUCCGCCGCCACCACCCCGACCGCCCCCGCCCCCGCCCCCGGCGCACAGCCACCGCCAUCAGCACCCUUCAUCCCCUUCGUCACCCCAAGCUCCCCCGCUGUCACCGACACCGCCACCGACUUCAACAUUGACGGUACCGCCAUCCUCCGCUGUCACCGCUAA